AGUGCGUUGUGUACUUUGUCGGUGUCAAUUUUUAAACAAGAAAUUUUCAUUUAUUUUGUAAUUUACGUGAUUUUCGUUAAAAUAUUUCCUUUCCCCUUAAAAUAUAAUAUUUCUAUAAAGAAAGUUGAUAGGUUAUACAAUUAUUGGUUAUCUAUUUAUUAAUAUCAGUGUUUUUCGUAAAGGUCUUAACCUAUACAUCGUUUGAUGUGUUUCUAACAUGUGGAUAUUAGUAUUUUUUUAUUCAUUACUUUUAUGCUCAAGAGGAUUAAAAGCCGAUAAAAAGAUUAACAAAUAUGUAACAACGUUGAUUGAUGCAAAAUGGAAGGAAACUCCAUUAGUUCUCGAAGCAGCUGAAUAUCUUAGCGACGAAAAUCCUAAUUAUUUUUGGAAAUUUAUAGAAGCAUAUUCUGAUAAUGUUGAGUCUGUAAAAAAUGGCACGGAAAAAGAUUAUUACGAAUUAAUUUUAAAGUUAGUUGGAAAGUAUUUAUCUCCGGCAGAAAUUGCAGUUCUUAAAUUAGGAUUGUCCUUGCGUAUUUAUUCUACUCGCGUUGAAAUGUUUUCGCAAAUGGCAGAAAACAAAAAUGUUUCUACUUUAGAAUGUUACAAUGUAGUAGAUAUUGGUGGAAAAUUUACUUGUUCCAUUGAAGAAAUAGAUCAGUUAAUCACAGAGGAUGAAUGGACUAAGAGAGAUACCUACAGUAUAGAUCAUUAUUAUCUGGGAUCUCAAAAGACUGAUAAAGUUAUGAUAAUGUAUGGUCAAAUUGGUUCUCCUAUGUUCAUCGACUUAUAUAUGAAAUUGAAAAAUAUAGCAGAUACAAAAGGAAUUAAUUACAUAUUACGUUAUUAUUUAAAGGAUAGACCAGACAGGAAAUUGCGGUUAUCUGGUUAUGGCGUAGAAUUACAAAUGAAAUCGACUGAAUACAAAGCUACAGAUGAUUCAGAUAUUAAGGAUAACACUGGAAAGAGAUCUGAAACAAACAAUGAUGGAAUUGAAGAAAUAGAUGGAAUCAACUUUAUGACUUUGAAAACAUUGUAUCCAGACAAGCAUGCUGAACUAGAAGAACUACAAACACAUUUGCUUGAAACUAGUCAUGAAAUUGGAGCAUUAAAAGUAUGGCAAUUUCAGGAAUUAAGUCAUCAAGCAGCUGAAAGAAUAAUGAAAUCUCCUAUGGAUGAAGCUCUUAAUGUUUUAACAGAUAUUGCUCAGAAUUUUCCAAUGCAGGCCAAAUCAUUAAUAAGAACAAAAGUAAACAAUGAAAUGAAAAAGGAGAUGAAGCUCAAUCAAGAAUUAUUUUCUGGAAGUUUGAGUAUACAACCAACCGAUACUGCACUUUUUAUCAAUGGUUUAUUCUUUGAUUUAGAAGCUAUGGAUGUCCUUAUGCUUUUAGAGGCUUUGAGAGGCGAAUUGCGAGUAAUGGAGGCACUCCAUAAAAUUGGAUUUAGCAGUAAAAAAAUGGGAAAACUUUUAGCUCUUGAUUUGUCAAGUAAUGCAGAUAAUCAAGAAUUUGCAAUGGACAUUAGAGACUCUGCUAUAAUUUGGAUAAACGAUAUUGAAAAUGAUUCUCGUUACAGCAGAUGGUCACGUGCCUUAACUGAAUUAUUAAGACCAACAUUUCCAGGAAUGCUCCGAAAUAUAAGACGAAAUUUAUAUAAUUUGGUAUUAAUCAUCGAUCCUUUGAACGAAGAUUCAAUGGCCUCAGUUUCAUUAGCAUUGUCUUUAUAUUCGUAUGUUGCUCCUUUAAGAGUAGGAUUUGUUUUUAUAACUAAUUAUAAUACUUUAGUCACUGGCUUAUCAGAUCCCAGUGUUGCAGUGAAUAAUGCGUUUCAUUACUUUAUAGAAAGCAAAGGUGCUAAAGAAGCAAUGCAGUUUCUGUUAGGAAUUUAUAUCGGAUCUAAUACUAUAACUGUGGACGAUAUAAAACAAGCUAUAAGAGCAAGAGAUUCUUCUGCCAAUAUAAAUUAUAUUCUUGGCGAAGAAUCAGAAUAUGACGUUGGUCGUCAUUUGGCUAGCGAUUUUGUAAAACGAUCUGGAUUCAAGAAAUUCCCACAAGCAUUACUCAAUGGUGUACCAUUAUCACCUGCUCGUUUAAACGCUGAAUCAUUUGAAGAAACGGUAUUAGCUACAAUCGUGUCACAAACACCUGCUCUACAGAAAGCAGUUUAUCGUGGUGAAGUUACUGAAGGAGAUGAUGUCGUUGACUUCAUAAUGAAUCAGCCAAAUGUUAUGCCACGAUUAAAUGAACGCAUCUUGAAAGUAGAUAAACAUGCAUGGUUGAAUUUAAUUGGAACAAUUCCUGAGGAUAAAGAUUUUACUAAAUGGAGCCCGCAAGAUGCAUCAUCUUGGCUCAUGAAAAAUAUGAAAUAUUUAUUUAUAUCUCGUCGCAGUAGUUUGCAUCAUUUAUAUUCAUUCUGGAUUGUAACAGAUUUAAGAUUAGAGUCAUCCAGGAAAAUACUAGAGGAAGCUCUUGUAUAUAUAGAAUCAAACGCAGAUGCAAGAAUCAGUUUAAUCAUUAAUCCAGCAGAUGAUAUAAAUCUUGAACACGAUUUAAACAGAGUUGCUCUUGCUGCUUUAAAUUCAUUGCCUAUAGACAAGGCUUUAAAUAUAAUGCACAAGAUAGUCAAAAAUGUUCCAUUUACAGAGUAUGAAUCGAUUGAAGAACAUUUGAAAGAUCAAGACGAAUUAUUAGCAUUCCAUGCAUAUUAUGCUAAACAAGUUUUAGGAUUAGAAAAAGGUGCCACGACUGUCUCAUGUAAUGGACGGAUAAUUGGCCCGUUAGACAAUAACGAAGAAUUUACUAAUGAUGAUUUUUCACUUUUGGAACGAUUUAGUCACAGUACAUAUGGAGAUAAACUAUUUAAAAAUUUAAUUAAAUCUCAGUCCGAGGAUGAUGAUGAUUAUGAAAAAACUGAUAUUACGGAUGACAUGAUAAUGAAAAUCACUUCGCUCUUGGUACCACGACCACAAACACGAAAUCGAUUUGAUGUACCUUUUCAUGGGGAUGAGCACAGCGUUAUCAAACUUCCACCUGUUAAUCCCGAUGAAGUAACGUUCGAUUUAAUUGCAAUUGUCGAUCCUGUAUCACGAGGUGCUCAAAAAUUAGGUCCAAUUUUGAAUACAUUACAACAGACUUUGAACUGCCACAUUAAAGUAUUCCUCAAUUGUUUAGAUAAAAAUAGCGAUAUGCCAUUGAAAAGUUUCUAUCGUUUCGUUCUCGAUCCCGAACCACAAUUUACCGCAGAUGGGAAGUUUAAUGGUGCUAUAGCUAAAUUUACUAAACUUCCUACAUCAUCCUUAUUGACACAAUAUAUUCAUGCACCAGAAAAUUGGCUCGUGGAAGUAGUACGAAGUGUCUACGAUUUAGAUAAUAUUAAAUUAGACAAUGUUGCGAUAGGUGUUCAUAGUGAAUUCGAAUUAGAACAUCUAUUAUUGGAAGGUCAUUGCUUCGAAGCAAUAAUGGGAAAUCCACCAAGAGGCUUACAAAUUACAUUAGGAACGGAGAAACAACCAGUGAUGGUUGAUACUAUAGUUAUGGCAAAUUUAGGAUAUUUCCAGCUUAAAGCUAAUCCUGGAGAAUGGCAUUUACGAUUACGACAUGGACGUUCAGCAGAGAUAUAUGAUAUUACUACUGUUGAUGGACAGGAUGUUAUUCAAGAUGGCAAUAAUGUAAAAGUUUUAAUAAGUUCCUUAAAAAGCCACGUUCUGAAAGUUAAAGUUUCAAAGAAACCGGACAAAGCUAAUAUGGAUUUACUUUCGGAUGAUGAAAAGAAUUCUGGCUUGUGGAAUUCUAUUUCUAGCUUUUCGAAAUUUUGGACAUUCGCUACAGGAGAUGAAAGUGAAGAUCAGGAUGAAAAAUUAAAUAUAUUCUCUCUUGCCUCUGGUCAUCUCUAUGAAAGAUUUUUAAAGAUUAUGAUGUUAAGUAUUAUCAAACAUACGAAGACUCCAGUGAAAUUUUGGUUUUUAAAAAAUUAUUUAUCACCUACAGUGAAAGACUUCUUGCCGCACAUGGCAAAAGAGUAUGGUUUUGAAUAUGAAUUAGUUCAAUAUAAAUGGCCACGUUGGUUACAUCAACAAACUGAGAAACAACGAACAAUUUGGGGAUAUAAAAUAUUAUUCUUGGAUGUGUUAUUCCCAUUGAAUGUUAAAAAAAUUAUAUUUGUCGAUGCUGAUCAAGUCGUAAGAGCUGAUCUGAAAGAAUUAGCAUCUUUAGAUCUUGGCGGUGCACCUUACGCUUACACACCAUUUUGUGAUAGCAGAAGAGAGAUGGAUGGUUUUAGAUUUUGGAAACAAGGAUAUUGGAGAAAUCAUUUGCAAGGCCGUUCUUAUCAUAUUAGCGCUCUUUACGUAGUAGAUUUAAAAAGAUUUCGUCGUAUUGCUGCAGGGGAUCGAUUAAGAGGACAAUAUCAAGCUUUAAGUCAGGAUCCAAAUAGUUUAUCCAAUCUAGAUCAGGAUCUUCCUAAUAACAUGAUCCAUCAAGUAGCAAUAAAAACAUUACCACAAGAAUGGUUAUGGUGUGAAACAUGGUGUGACGAUUCGUCUAAGAAAUAUGCCAAGACUAUUGAUUUGUGUAACAAUCCAAUGACUAAAGAAGCAAAGUUGCAAGCCGCGAUGCGUAUUUUACCUGAAUGGAUAGGAUAUGACGAAGAGAUAAAAGCACUGCAACAAAAAAUUGAAAAUGAAAAUAGGCAAAUGGAAAAGGAAGAUAACGAAUCUAAUGAAGAUCAUACGAAGCACGAAGAAUUGUGAAGUUAAAUUGAAAUUAAAUAGAGCUAAUGAUUUAGUUUAUAACUUUUUUGAUGAUUCCAAAAAAAAAAAAAAAAAAAAAAGAAAAAACAAACAAACAAACAAACAAACAAAGAAGAAAUAGAACUAUUACCCACUUUCUCAAUAAGUCUACAAUUAUCAAAACACAAUCGAUCGUGCCAUUUAAAAAAACAAAAAAAAAAAAAAAAAGAAAAAAGAAAGAAAGAAAAAAGAAAUUCGUCUUAUCUUCUGUGAUUAAUAUUCACCAUGAUCCACGAUGAUUCUUUGUCGCAAAGAAUGAUAAUGCUUAAUAGAUUAUCGAAGAUGAAUUAUUUGGCAUUAUCUUACUUAUGUUAAUGUGAUAUAACAAAUGAUCGAACUUUUCUAAACAACAAAAAUAUAAGAUUUUCGUUUUGCACGAUUAGUGCAAAAGGAUGAUCAACGAUAUAUGAAACGAAAAUGAAUUUUCAUUUUUCAGUAUUGUAGCUAAAUAUGGACAUGAAAAAUAGUCCAGGUGUUGUCCGAAGAAUAUUGUGAUUUUUUAUUACCAAUAUAUAUAUAUAUAUAUAUUAUAGUCUAAACAAUAAACUUGUAUCGUUUGUAAAAUA